AUGCCUCCUCCUCCACCACCACCUCCGCCGCCGCCUGGAGGGAUGGGAGGCCCUCCUCCUCCCCCUCCUCCACCAGGGGGUAUGGGCGGACCUCCCCCUCCCCCUCCUCCGUCUGGGAGUCUUCCAAGUCGGCCAGCGAAAGGUGAAGCUAAAGAUAGGAGCGCUCUUCUUUCGGAUAUCACCAAAGGCACUAGACUGAAGAAGACCGUCACAAAUGACAGAUCGGCGCCCCUGAUUGCGGGAGGAGUUAAAUCAGCUGCACCUCCAGUUGCAGGUGCACCUCCUGUUCCUGGCAUGCCGAAACCGAGUGGCCUGGCACCUCCUGUUCCUUCAGCCAACCGAGUACGAAGCAGUAGCGAAAGCGGCGGUGGUGGAGAUAGCGGUACAUCCACUGCUCCUCAACUGGCAGGACUUUUCGCAGGAGGGAUGCCCAAAUUGCGUAGUCGGGGCGGGGUUGACACAGGAGCCAACCGUGACUCGCCUUACAUGUCAGACUCGGAGGCUUCGCGACCUCCACGACCUCCUGUCGCUUCUGCUCCAAAGCCUCCAGGUGCUCGUCCUCCACCACCGCCCCCGUCUUCUACAGAAUCGCCGUCUGCCCCUCCGCUCAACCCGCUAGUUGCUAAUCUGCGCAAACCUCCGCCGAGACCAGCCUCAAGGCCUUCCUCAACCGUCUCAUCCUCUACAUCAAUCAAAACUGCCCCGGAUGCUCCACCUCCACGCGCACCUCCUCCUUUGCCUGGUUCGGCGAAACUGCCACCUCCUCCGUUGACGUCGAGGAAGCCGUCCUCGCCAGCUCCUCCACCUCCACCUCCACCCCCUGCCCCUUCGAGUCCAGCUGCACCACCUCCUCCGCCGGCGUCUUCAGCACCCCGACCGCCUCCUCCCGCACCUGCACGAUCGACCCCUCCUCCCCCACCUCCGGCAGCGGCAGCUUCAUCACCUCAUACAAAUGGGGUAGCAGCAGCUUCUAUCGCGGUGCAAGCUGCCAGGAACGCUCUCGGGCACAGUAACCAUGCGCCGUCCGCACCUCCUCCACCUCCUCCUGCAGCGUCUGCCCCAUCAGCACCUCCACCACCACCCCCGCCAUCGGCGCCUCCAACGGCACCAGCAGUACCACCCAGUCAUCCGCCGCCUCCUCCAGCACAAACCCCAACACCGCCGCCUAGCCAGCCUGUGACCCGUUCGACCAUGGAUCCGAGUGCUUAUACCCUAACCAAUGGCGGCUCGUCGCCGGGCCAUCAGAACACGGGCUCGCACAGAAUAAUUCGCGUGGAAGACAAUCGGUUCAAAUUUCAGAGUGACGGGCUGCUUCCCAAGCCACGGCCGUUUGUGGGAGGUCCCCGGCGGUACCGUGCUGGGCGAGGUAGCAGUGUACCAUUAGACUUGAGUGCGCUGAGCAGCUAA